GCCACAUUUGUCCGGUACCCAGCUGAAAAGAGUUUCCUAGCUUUUUGAAGCUUGAUUAGUAGAGGGAAUUGCAAAAGGCGCAAGGGCGCCCAGUCAUUCUGCGGCCCGGACACGAUUCAACGAAGCGCGAGGGCACGCUAGCUUGGGGGCAUCCAUAAACAGUGGCUGGCAAGAGCCAAUCCAGGCGACGGUCUCAAGGCGUUGGCAAGCGGCAUCGUUCGGCAUUCGCGACGAGGGACGCCUUUCGCGGGCAUUCUGACGGCCAGCACUUUUGCGCUGGCCAAAAGAAGCCGCUUACUUAUGAGCUUGCAGCACUAGGGGCCCAACCGGGCCGGGACAAGCAGGCAUGCCUGCGGUCGCCGGGAAGCCUGUGCUUCCGACGCUCAACCUUGCUAAGGUGAAGCAGUCGCACGACGAUGCGCUGGGAGGGCCGCCCACGUCCUCACGAAUCCACCGCGGAGGCGGGGGCGAAGGCGUUGGCAUCACCGACGGCGUCGGCGGCAGCACCGCGCGCGGCUCGUACCGGGAAGGAUACAGCCACGGCAGCGCUGCAGGGGCCACAGGGAACCACAGCAAUGCUGGUGCAUCCUAUCUGCGCCAGUCUUUGAGCAGCAGCCAGGGCGCGCGGGGUGCUGGCGCGGCCAGCGGCAGCAGCACCGCUCGCGGUGGCCAGCUAGGCACACCGGGCCGGCAGCCGCAGUACGGCGCAGCAGAGGGCUCCUCAUACGCCGUGCGCUCCUCCCUAUCCUACCAGAACACAGUCGGCGGAGGCGGUGGCGGUGGCGGCUCAGCCUCGGCGUCUCAGGCGCUGCUGGCCGCGCAGCUGAGCUCGCAGCGGGCCGUGCUGACUAGCUCGCACGGCAGGUCAGGUGGGCACGGCGCAGCCGGGUCGGGAGCGGGCGCGGGCGCGGGCGCGGGCGCGGGACAGGGCGUCGGCAGUAGCGCGGCCAACAUAGCCGCAGCGGCGGCGGCCGCAGCGGCGGUCAGUCUGCAGGCGCAGCAGCAGUACGCGCAUGCCCUGGCCACGCCGCGUGGGCAUUACGGGUCAACGGCGGCGUCGGCUUCUCAUAUGCACCUCUCCGGCUCGGGGGCUCCCGCGUCCGGAGCAACACAAGCGGCCGCGGCUGCGGCUGCGGCAGGGACAGGGGCGAUACAGGGCUCACGAGCCGCGUACCAGGCCGCAGGCGCACCUCCCACAACCAGCGCCUCAACAGCGCAGCGGCACCAGCAGCUCACACAGCAGCCGGAGCAGCACCGGCGCCGGGAAUCCAGUGGCGCAGAAGCAGCUGCGGUCGCUGUUUCCACGGCAGCACUGGCGCAUAGCGCCAGCGGGUACGGCGCGCGGCCGCCUGUCGGGGCGGCUGCCGCGGCCGCGGCUGCGGCGCACUACACCGCCAGCGGCAACACGACCUCAGCUGCGAACGCAGCCUCCGGUGCGGCUGCUACCGCCACACACACCAGCACAGCAACGGCUGCGGCGAGCUCCACCGCGGCAGCGACGGCGGCGGCAGCGACCACGGCGACGGCUGCGGCGGUGACGUGGGAGUCGGGAUACAUCACGCCGGCGCAGGCGCUGAGCCGCUACGCCGAGUACAUGACGCCGUACGAGCACAGCGAGGUGCUGGAGUACCAACAGGUGUACUUUGUGGGCCGCUCCUCCGCCCAGAAGGUGAACGGCAACCCGCACGCCGGCGGCCGCUCCAACUUCGGCUACGACGAUGAGCGCGGCGACUACGUGGUGGUGCUGCACGACCACAUGGCCUACCGCUACGAGGUGCUGUCGGUCAUGGGGCGCGGCAGCUUCGGCCAGGUGCUCAAGGUGCACGACUUCAAAACCAACACGCUGCGUGCCGUCAAGGUGAUCCGCAACAAGAAGCGCUUCCACCAGCAGGCGCUGGUGGAGCUGCGGGUGCUGCAGCACAUCCGGGACGCCGACCCAGAGGACCGCCAGAACUGCGUGCACAUCGGGGAGCACUUUUACUUCCGCGGGCACCUCUGCAUCAGCUUCGAGCUGCUGAGCGUCAACCUGUACGACUUCAUCAAGCAGAACAACUUCAUGGGGCUCAGCCUGGGCCUCAUCCGCCGCUUCGCGCACCAGAUCCUCAUCAGCCUGCGAUACAUGAAGUCGCUGCGGCUGAUCCACUGCGACCUGAAGCCGGAGAACAUCCUGCUGCGGCAGCCCAACCGCUCCGCCAUCAAGGUCAUCGACUUCGGCUCCUCCUGCUACAUCGAGGAGCGCGUGUACACCUACAUACAGAGCCGCUUCUACCGUUCACCCGAGGUGAUUCUGGGCUGUGCGUACGGUGUGGAGAUCGACAUGUGGAGCCUGGGCUGCAUCCUGGCGGAGCUGUUCACCGGGUACCCGCUGUUCCCGGGUGAGGACGAGGUGGAGCAGCUGGCGUGUAUGAUGGAGGUGGUGGGCCUGCCGCCCGUGUCGCUGCUGGAGGCCGCCAGCCGCCGCAAGCUGUUCUUCGACAGCGCCGGCAACCCGCGACUGCAGCCCAACAGCCAGGGCCGCACGCGCAUGCCAGGCACCAAGACGCUGCAGGGCCUUCUCAAGUGCAACGACCCCGGCUUCCUGGACUUGCUGGAGAAGUGCCUGCGCUGGGACCCCGCCACCCGCAUCACGCCGGAGCAGGCGCUGCAGCACGUGUGGAUCAUGGACGCCAAUCCCUCGCCCACCAGCCGGAACAACCCGCUGCAGCAGCAGGGCGGCAACAGCAACAGCAACAGCAACAGCGGCGGCGUGGCGGUGGCGGCGGCUGGGGCGGCAGGGGUGGCGAGCACGGAGAAAGGCAGCGUGGCACACCUGCCUCCCAACAGCGCGGCCGCGGUGGCGGCGGCGUUGCAGCGGGAAAAGGCAGCGGCUCAGGCGGCGGCGGCAGCAGCUGGGGCUGGAAAGCCGCAUGUCGCGGCGGCGGCGGCGGUGGCGCAGGGUGUCUCGCGCGCACAGCUCACUGACAGCGCAAUGGGACACCACGCCGGCGGAGGCAGCGGCAGUGGCGGCACCGGCCCGGGCGCCAGCAGCGGAGCGCUAGGCGGCAUCGGUGCCGUCAGUGGCUCACGUCGCACAGGCAAGCCUGGCGCGGGUGAAGCCACCGUACCAGCAGACCACUCUGCCGGCGGCGGAGCUGCGGAAGCAUACAGCGGCUACAGCGGCGGAGCCGCCGCCAACGUCCGCGCGAGUGCGGGUCACCAGCCACGGCCGGUCUCGGGUCGCGUGAACGUGUUGCCAGCAGCGGAGGUGCACGUGGCUGGCCUGGGCUCCACGGUGCUCACGUCAGCCCCGCCACCGCCGCCCAUGGUACCCGCGCUCGAUUUCUCCGCCCUGCGGGCGUCCGCCGGCGCAGCCGGUGGAGGCGGCACCGCCGCAGCCGCCGACGAAAGCGCGCCGCUGCCGGCGUCGCGCACGCACUACCAGCCUGCAGGCAUGCAUGAACAGCAGCAGCAGCAGGCGAUGCCGGCGGCUCUGCAUCACCUCCGGUCUGAGGGCACGGCCUUGCAACCCACGCUGCACUCACCGCGCUCGGCAGCAGCGCCAAACCGCACGGGUGGCGGCGCCGCCGCCGCCGGCAGCAGCAGCGGCACAGCUUCCGCCAGCCGCGCCUCACUCGUGUCCAGCACUGGGCCGGGAUCAGGGGGACCUGCAGGCGGCAGCGGUGUGCAGGGCUAUUUGCAAAGCAGCAUUGGCAGCCCGCCAACAUCGGCGGGUGGCGUCGGCGGCGUGCCGCCGCCGCUGCAGCAUAAUGGCUCUCAGAGCGCGGCACAAGCAGCAGCGGCCGUGGGCGGAGGAGCAGGUGGCAUGGCGCCUCGCGGCCCGACGGCUGCAGCCAUGGGUGUGCCGGGUGGGGGCGCCGGUGAAGCAGCGGGGAGCGGGGGACACACCAGCCGGCGUGCCUCAGCCAUGUAUGCCUCUGGCCCCACCAGCGCAGGCAGUGCUGGGGCAGCAGCCCACGCGCAUGUAGAAGGCUACGAUGUGAGUGGUGGACAUGGCGGCGGCGGUGUGGGGCUGGGGGCGGCAGGUGGAACCAAGUACCUUCCGACUCUUGCCACGUCGCGCCGUUAGGCCCGCCCCUGGCGCGCACAAUGUAUGAUAACUGCUAGCAACAUGUCAAGAAGACAUUUUAUGAUACAAUGGCCAUACGCUGACUGAGUGGCAUGUGUGUAUCGACACCUAGUGUAGGUGUCUGUUCCAAAUAUGGUACGGAUGAAAGAAUGACUGACGGUGAGGCGUGCACGUUGUUGGCUGUUUGUAUGCCGGCGUUUGGACUCGAUUUCUGACAUACACACAAACGCACAGCAAGCUUCGCGACACCGAGAGAAACGUGUCGGGACCGCCCUGGAAUACGGGCAUGUAUGGGAGGUUGUGUGAGCGUGUUGGCACAGAGUGCUACACGUGUGCGAGCCUCUGGCCGUUUGUUUGCCACGAGGAGGCCACUCAGCAAAGCCACCGUCCAGCAAUUGGACAGCAUGCCGCACGAAGCAUCCUACAGCGUAAUAUCUAAUGUGUAACACCCGUAGCAGCAUCUUUAUGCUUAUGAUGCACGCCCGCUCCACAGCACCUCGCUGACAGAGCUCCCUUUCUAUGGUCCUGUUGCACGGGCGUCGGGCGGUGCGCUCAUAAAUCAGUUUUAAUUCCAUGUUGGCGAGUGCUCUUCGCUAGGGAACGUGUGUGUGGGGGGGGGUGGCUCGGGUUUUGGUUGGCAGUGGGUGCAGGAGGUGCAUUCUGUGCGGGGCGGGAAUCUUUUACAGUUUGCACAGGGGCGGCAGCCGCUGCAGUGUUGGCAUGGGAAGCACUGUCUUGAGCAUGAGAUGGGAAUGAAGGGAACAUGGGCAGGGAGCUUCGAGACGUGGGGCAGAGUGCGACGGCUAAUGGGAAAGGCAAGGUCUUGAUCCGUGGCACUGGUACGGAAGAUCUUGCAGUGCGGAAGCAUCGAAUGCUGCUGCAAGACCUGACCGGGAAUAAAUGGACCUUGAAUCCUUGAUCAUCUCUCGAACCGGCAAAGCACCCCUGAUGGGCGAUGUGUUGUGCAAUGGGGAUGUAAGAGAUGUGCUUAACCUGGCGCAGCCUCAAACGAUUCCGUGAUGUGAAGAGCUGUCAGACAGUCUGUCCCGCGCUCGCCCUCUUACACCGUUCUGCUUGUCGCCUGUCCUAAACGUAGACCGAACACACGGUUGCUUCGUAUGGGAACGCGGCGAGUGCGAGAGGGCCUUGGAUGCCCCCGGUUGGCUGGACAGUGACAGUCCCGCUGGCGUAGGUGGGCUGAAUGAAAGCGCAGGAUGAGGACUGCAACCUUGACGCGGAUGUGGUAUAUGGAAAUGUGAUGAGGCAAGGCAAGGCAAGGGGUGGAGCAGGUUGGGACGGAAAUGGCCGACCGGAAAGUAGUACCCAUAACAACAGGCCGUGUCUUUUAUCUUGGCGUCCGCGCAGAUGUUGCCCGCAACGGCGCCGAAUGCGGACUGCAUCAGUCGCGGCAUGCGUGAGCCGCGGCUUGUCCGCUGCUGUUGUGCGUGCCGAGGCCCUGGGCGAAGACGCACGGCGCGGCUGUCAGGGGACUCGGACGGACUGAAACCACUAGUUCUA